AUGGAGAGAGAGACUAUGGUAUCGGCUGAGAUUGGGGAUAAGUCUAAUGGAAAGUCAAAGGCUUACGUGGAUGAGGAUUUGAUUGGAGAAAAUAGUGGGAUUGAUUCCUUGCUGGUUUUGGAUUCUAAAAGGAGAAGGACUUUUGAUGGGCUGGGUAAUUAUGUUGAUAGUGGGUUGGACCUUAAUAAAUUGGAUGAACCUUGUUUAGACAAUUUACAAAAACAACAUAAUGGUACUAAUCAAAAGAUUGAUGGUGAUGUGGCUAUGGACGGUCAAGGGGAGGAUAGCUCAAAAAACUUGUUUGGGGCGGGUUCUGGAUUGACAAAGUGGGCUACCCAAGCUGGAGACUCACUAGUUUAUGGUGAGCCAAAUAGAAAUCGUAGAGAAAGGACCUGGAAUCUUCUUCGCACCUUAGCCGGUUCUUCAUCUCUUCCAUGGUGUGUGAUUGGGGAUGUCAACAAUAUUCUUAGUCAAGAGGACAAGAAAGGUGGACAACCUUACCCUGGAUGGCUUCUAGAAGGUUUUCAAAAAGCUCUCACCGAUUGUCAUUUGUUCGAUUUAGAUCUCACGGGGUACCCUUUCACCUGGGAAAAGAGCAGAGGCACAACCCUUUGGGUUGAAAUUCGUCUGGACAGAGCAAUGUUCACCGAAGCAGGGACUCUCCUAUUUCAAGGUGCUAAACUUUUUAACCUUGAAACCUCUACUUCUGAUCACUCUCCUUUAUUUCUUGAGCCUAUUUUUGUUGAGCAAACUUCCACGAACUACCGCUUUCGUUUUGAAAAUGCUUGGUUGAAAGAACCCAUGUGUUUUCAAAUUGUGGAGGAUUCUUGGCAACGGGUUGGUGUGGGGAGAAUUUUGAAUAAGUUGAAUGUGUGUGCUGAUGCGUUAUCUCAAUGGGGUAAAGAGAUAACAGGGAAUUUCAAACGAAGAAUAAGAGAGUGUAAUCCCGAAAUGAAGCUCUUGAAGAAGAAAAGAGAUGACAUCUCUGUGGCUCGAUAUAGUGAGGCUCGAAAGCAGCUAUUUGCUAUAAUCGAUCAACGGGAAAUUUUUUGGAAGCAACGAGCUAAACAAUUCUGGUUAAAGGAGGGUGACCAAAAUAGCAAAUAUUUCUACAAGGCUGCAAGUAAUAGGCGACGGAGUAAUCUUAUUUCGAAGCUUAAAAAUGACCAGGGGUGUUUGUGGACUGGGAGAAUGGGUUAUCUGAUGUUGUGGGAAGUAAUAGACUGUAUUAAUCAUGUUGUUCCUGAGAUGGCCAAUCUAGAGUUUACAAGACCUGUCUUGGAGGAAGAAGUGAAGACGGCGGUGUUUCAAAUGCAUCCUGACAAGAGUCCAGGACCAGAUGGUAUGACCUCGACUUUCUAUCAACGAUGUUGGCAUAUCGUGAAAAUAGAUGUUGUGGGAGUUGUUCAGAGAUUCUUUGCUACGGGGGCCUUUGAUGAAGCUUGUAGUGACGCAAAUGUAAUGACCAACCGUAUGAAACCUUUCAUGGACUCUAUAGUCGCAGAUUCUCAGAGUGCCUUUAUUCCAGGACGACUCAUUUCUGAUAACAUUAUGGUUUCUUUUGAAGUUCUCCACUAUCUUAAACGAAAGCGCCAAGGGAAGACUUGGUGUAUAGCUUUGAAACUGGAUAUGAGCAAGGCGUAUGACUGCAUUGAGUGGAAUUUCUUAGAAGUGGUUCUUACGAAGUUGGGUUUUGUGGACACUUGGGUACAUCUUAUCAUGCAAUGUGUGUCAUCGGCCAACUACAAUGUUAUCCAUGGGUUCCAAGAGAUGGAAGGUCUCUCUGCUUUAUUGAGAAAGUAUGAAAGACAAGGUUGGAUCCAUGGGUGCAAGGUGGCUAAUGGGGCGCCUCGAGUUUCUCACAUGCUUUUCGUGGAUGAUAGCUACCUGUAUUGUCAAGCAUCAAAAGUUGAAGCUCAUCGGGUUCGAGAACUGCUGACCAAAUUUGAAAGGGCUUCAGGUCAAGAGGUGAAUUUAUCAAAGUCAUCCAUUUUCUUCAGCACUAAUACUACUACCACGGUCAGAAAUGUUAUUAGCUAG